AUGGGUCAGUACAACUACACUCAAUCGUCUAGUAGUUCCAUAAGGAGUGAGAGUUCAACUGCUCGGUGUCGAGCCGGUAGAACCUCUGUGCCAAUUAUCAAAACUUCCACUACGGCCAAGAAUCCGGGUAAGAGAUUAUAUGGUUGUCAUAACCAUGCGGAUUGUUUGUACCAUAUAUUCAAGUGGUGCGAUGAGGCUAUAAUGGAAGAGUUUGAAGAGAUGAAGCUGGUGGUCGAACAACAAGCUGAUUUAUUUCAUUUCGUCAUAAGUAACGAGAGCCAGGCCAUACGAGAUUGUGUUGAUAAACCAACGAUUUGGCAUUGCAUUCAGAAAACAGACAUAGAGCUAGCACAACUGAAGGAGAUGAUUAUUGAGACUCGUUACAGAAGCGUCGAGGUGAAGAAUGCGAUGGUAGCGUGUCUAAUCCUCAUAUGUGUGAUCGGUUGUGUUUGUGUUUGCUUGAUAAAAUUUUAG